CCUCUCUCGACCACACGUACGUACCCAUCAUUCUCCUCCCUUCCUCCUCUUCUUCACUCGGCCUUUUUCUACCCAACCCGCCUGCUGACCGCAUUCUUGCAACUCCAAUUGCAACUUUGCACGUCGUGUGCCGGCCGUCUUCAUCACUCGUGCACAGCGCACAUCUUGCUUGCUCACGCAGCCCUCACGCUUCUGCACCCUCUGCUCCCCAAGCUGGCGAGUUGAAAGCUCACGGCUUCGCCCACCAGCUCCUCUGAAUCUUCUUUGCACCUCGCUUCAGGAGCCAAGAAGUUCUUUCUUGUCUUCCUCUUGAACAGUUCUCGAACAGUUCGAGGGGUUUGCAAGAAGGAACGCCGCGACUCCAGGCAACCUGGACUUUGACGCCCGCGUCCCCAUCCCCUUCAGUGUCUUCCCGUCCUCGUAUCGGAGUGACGCUGUCACAGAAACUUCCAAAGUCAAGGUAGAGGGUGAAGUCGACCUACCUGAGAAGACUUCGCGCGUCGGACGGGAAGGUCACGAAACCCGCAUCACAUCCACCCGCAUCACCACCUCAGAGCGCGACGACUUCGCUCCCGCGGACCAGCAGCAGCCGCCACGCGUCAGAGAGCCGUUCCAGCCGCACGAAGAGCGACCCCAGGGCUCGUUCAGACGCGAGGAAGAAGUCCGCAUCUACGACCGCGAACGAGAGCCCGCAGACACUCGUGAACGAGUUUCUCGCCGCGUCGAGGUCACCCGCGAACGCGACAGCUACUCUGAGCCCUACACCCGCUACGCCGAAGCUCAGCUCGACGUAAAGGACAGAUCCUACACACAGGAACGCGUCUACGAUCGUGAAGGUCGUGUCGUCGGUGGUCGAGCCCCAGCUUUCGAGCAGACCCUCGACAGGACCGAACGCCAGUUCCGUGAACACACCGUUCCCAUCGCCGGUGCCACCGCCCGUGACUUCUACGAAGACACAGGCUCCCGCUUCGGAGGUUCCACUGCCGAGUUCCCACGAGCUCAGGCAGCCGAAGAGGUUCGAGUAGAGCGCACUACUCGAACAACCGUCGACGCUCCAAAGUACAAGCGUGACAUGGGAUAUUACGACGACGAAGGCCAGUAUCACUCCUUCCGCCGUGGUGUUCAACGCGUAGCCGAACGCAUCGCCCACCCGAUCCACGGCCCGUCCCUCCGACACCACCACCACCACCAGGACCACCACGACAAGCACGACUCAUCCGUUCGUGAGGAAGUAGUCGUCAAGGACGAACAAGUCACCGUCUCUGCUCCCCGCGAAGAACGCAUCACCAUCACUCGCAGCCGUCCAGCCCCAUCCCGCGACAUGGCUACCCUCAACACCGUCACCAUCCCAUGCCACCACAUCCGCAUCGGCGAUCUCCUGAUCCUUCAGGGCCGCCCUUGCCAGGUCAUCCGCAUCACCACUUCUGCCCAGACUGGCCAGCACCGUUACCUCGGUGUCGACCUGUUCACCAAGCAGCUCCAUGAGGAGAGCAGCUUCAUCUCCAACCCUGCUCCAUCCGUCAUCGUCCAGAACAUGCUCGGUCCUGUGUUCAAGCAGUACCGUGUCCUCGACAUCCGUGACGACGGCCGCGUCGUCGCCAUGACUGAGGGUGGUGACGUCAAGCAGGGCAUCCCUGUCCUCGACCAGAGCAACUUGCUGGAGCGCAUCACCGAAAGCUUCGACUCUGGCCGUGGCGCGAUUCGCGUCCUCGUCAUCAACGACGCCGGUCGCGAGCUCGUCGUCGACUACAAGGUCGUCCACGGCUCAAGACUGUAGAUACAUUCAUGUGCGUUGGUUUGUCUGACAGUGUCGUCGGUCAGUCGAUCAUCCCGCUAACGAGAGGUGAUUGCCAGAUCGAAGAGUUUGAUGUCCGGCGCUUGGUGCGAAGGUCCUAAGCCUUAGAAGCUUCCUUGGCACCGGGCUUGAAGUCUUUUUCCGUUAUGGAAAAACGCACUCGGGCUGUUCUUACCUGUUGUUGACAUCGGACUAAAGAGACGUCAAAAAAAUUUUGUAGACACCCUGGGAUCAUAAUGGGCGUUUUUCACAAUAUUGGGACAAUUUGUUUCUGGCGUGUUUGGACAUCUCUACCAAUGAACGACACCGCUUGACAAAGAUGUCGCCAUCCUCUUUAGGUUUGGCAGCGCUUCGUCAUGGGUCUUUGUUGGGGAGAGGGAGUGUGUGUGCGUGGGUGUGUGUGUGUGCAUAGUUAAUGAUAGCGAAUUGCAUCUCCCGUCUUCGAUAAA